GCUAUAAAUAAUAAAUAUGGAUAAAAAGGCAGAUUCCUCUAAGUUCUCAACCUUCUCAUUCUAUAAGCAGAAGAAAGCAAAUACUCUUGAUAAAAUAGAAAAGAAGAAGACAGGAGGAAUUUUCUCGUACUUAACAAAAACAGAAGAGCCUGAGGGUGAUAUAGAAGCUGGAAAUACUUCCCCACCAACAGAACAUACCACUUUAAUGUCUACGAUAAAGGCUGGGAUUACUAAAAAGGCUCUUGGAAUGCGUGAUACUAUCACUCAGACAGUAGAUACAGGAAGAAACCUAAAAUAUUUCUCAAUAUUCCUUUUGAUAGGCUCUGUAUUGAUCAUUAUGUCCAUAAUGUUUUUACCUUUGGCUGCUGUUUCUCCUUACAAAUUUGCAAGUUUGUUCUCCCUUGGAUCCAUGUGUAUCCUACUAGGACUUGCAUAUUAUCAUGGAUUUUCUACUUUCCUGACAACAUGAGAUAAGUUCAGAAUAGGGUAUAUAUUCUCAUUACUGUUGACCAUGUACUCAGCCUUCAUUCUUGGAAGUUAUAUCUUGACGAUUUUGAGUUCGAUGAUUCAAUUUGUUGCAUUAAUGUACUUCUUAUGAUCUCAUUUCCCAGGAGGAUCAACAGGAAUGAACUAUUUCACAAGCAUGGUCACUGGUGGAUUUUGGAGAUGUUUCAAAAGCCUAUUUAGCUCUUAAGGAUUUUCAAUAAUUUUUCAGCAAAA